GCUGUACAUCUCUAGGGGUCAUGCAUUACUGGUGUAAAGUUUCUAAAAAGCCGCCCUGUCUCACUCCCUCUUUUCUCUCCUCCCUUCAUCCCUCCCUUUCUUUCUCCCUCUCCCUCUCUCUCUCUUGCUCUGAUCUCUUUUCAGCUCCCCGUUUCUUAAAUCGUGCGCACAUUCACGAUUACAACUCUCGUGCACUGAAGCCAAGUCCAUUCACCGCAUCUUAGCGCUGUCAAGCCCAGGAGCUGUGAACAAUGUGCGCCUUCGUCUAGAGCACCUUGUCAGGCAAGCUCGCUUUUUUAUUUUAAAGAUAAUAUGGUUCUUGGUUACUAAGUCGAGAAACCAAAAAGAAUAUACAGUAAUAAAGGCAAACCUGUCACCGGUUGUUCAAAGAAAAAUAUUUUGACUUAGGAAACGAACCGUGGCAUCGUACUGCUACUGGGAAAGCUGAACAAACGGAAGAGUGAAACUCCCACUUCGGACAAAGAAAAGCAGAAAAGGUGCAUUAAAAUCUUUAGGACGUGAUGAAGACUGAGCUGCUGUACAAGCAAUGGGAGAUUCUGGGUUUGCUGUUAAGCCUCCUAUCAGCUAUGGGACUGUCACAGCACACAACUCCAAGUCCACAACAACAGCAAAGGGGAAAAAUCAGAUUCCGCCUGGCUGGAUAUCCUCGCAAGCACAAUGAAGGGAGAAUUGAGGUCUUCUAUAAUGAUGAGUGGGGAACCAUUUGUGAUGAUGACUUCUCAAUGGAGAAUGCUUUUGUCCUCUGUCGACAUCUUGGAUUUGUUUCUGCAACUGGAUGGGCACACAGUGCCAAAUAUGGCAAAGGAACAGGGAAAAUCUGGCUUGACAAUGUUCAAUGUAGUGGCAGUGAAAAGCACAUUGGUGACUGUAAAUCUCGAGGGUGGGGAAAUAGUGAUUGCACACAUGAUGAAGAUGCAGGCAUUAUCUGUAAGGAUGAGCGGCUACCAGGAUUUGUGGAGUCCAAUGUCAUUGAGGUUGAAGAAGACCGUGUUGAAGAGAUACGGCUCAGGCCUAUUGUAGCCAGUGCUAAAAAGAGAAACCCAGUGACAGAGGGAAUUGUGGAGAUCAAAUACAAGGAUGGCUGGACGCACAUUUGUGAUAUUGGCUGGACUCCUAAGAAUUCACAAGUUAUCUGUGGUAUGAUGGGAUUUCCAAUGGAGAGAAAAGCCAACAAGAAUUUUUACAAACGAAUUAAAAAGCAAGCAGCUAAAGCUAAAUCCAAGAUUAUUGGGUCUGGAAACAGGGUGAAAUCUAAAUCUAAAUUUAAAUCUAAACCAAAAAUCAUUGUGGGGACCAGUUCUGGUAGAAGGUUGUUUACAGAAAGGCAAGAAAACACCUACCGAAUUCACUCUGUGGCCUGUACUGGUAGUGAAGUCCACCUGUCAGUGUGUCCCCUGCAGUUUUACAAAGCUAAUGCUACAGCGCCCUGUGAGGGUGGUAUGCCUGUAGUGGUCAGCUGUGUUGCUGGACCUCAGUUUGCUUCUGGGAAUGGACAGAAAAAAAAGAAAGCAACUUCACUUCGGGUACGUUUAAAAGGUGGUGCUAAAACUGGGGAAGGCCGAGUCGAGGUCCUGAAGAACAAUGAGUGGGGCACUGUGUGUGAUGAUCGAUGGAACUUGCAGGCUGCCUCUGUUGUCUGUAGAGAGCUGGGGUUUGGCAGUGCCAAAGAAGCCCUGACUGGAGCUCGCAUGGGACAAGGCAUGGGUCCUAUCCAUAUGAAUGAAGUUCAGUGUACUGGCAAUGAAAAAUCCAUCUGGAACUGUCAGUAUAAAAACAUCACAUCUGAGAACUGCCAGCAUUCUGAGGAUGCUUCGAUCAAGUGCAACAUCCCCUAUAUGGGGUAUGAGAACUCGAUUCGCUUGAGUGGUGGGCGCACUCAAUAUGAGGGCCGAGUGGAGGUGGGGACAAGUAGCAAUGGAACACACCAGUGGGGGCUGAUUUGUGGAGAAGGCUGGAGCACCAAAGAGGCCAUGGUAGUCUGCCGCCAGCUUGGCCUUGGAUAUGCUAACCACGGCCUGCAAGAAACCUGGUACUGGGAUUCAAGUAACACUACAGAAAUGGUGCUAAGUGGAGUUAAGUGUACAGGGAAUGAAAUGUCUCUAAGUCUUUGUCAACACCAUGGAAACAAUGUUAACUGCAAAAGGACCGGCAGUCGAUUUGCUGCAGGGGUCAUUUGCUCUGAAACUGCCUCUGAUCUCAUCUUAAAUGCUCCCCUGGUGCAGCAGACUGCCUACAUCGAGGACCGACCACUGCACAUGUUGUACUGCGCAGCUGAAGAAAACUGCCUUUCCAGUUCUGCUGCUAAGGCCAACUGGCCAUAUGGCCAUCGUCGCCUGCUACGCUUCUCUGGGCAGAUUCACAACAUAGGCCGGGCUGACUUCCGCCCCAAGUUAGGCCGGCACUCCUGGGUGUGGCACGAAUGCCAUAGGCAUUACCACAGCAUGGACAUCUUCACUUACUACGAUUUACUGUCUCUGAAUGGUACCAAAGUGGCAGAAGGGCACAAGGCUAGUUUCUGCCUCGAAGACACGGAGUGUCAGGAAGGCAUUGCUAAGAGGUACGAGUGUGCAAACUUUGGGGAACAGGGCAUCACUGUUGGCUGCUGGGACUUAUACCGCCAUGAUAUUGACUGCCAGUGGAUUGAUAUUAGUGAUGUGAAACCAGGAAACUAUAUUCUACAGGUUGUUAUUAACCCUCAUUAUGAAGUAGCAGAAAGUGAUUUCACCAACAAUGCUAUGAAGUGCAACUGCAAAUAUGAUGGACACAGAGUGUGGCUGCAUAACUGCCAUAUUGGUGAUGCUUUUAGUGAUGAAGCAGAGAAGAGAUUUGAACAGUACCCUGGGCAGCUGAACAACCAGAUCUCUUCAUAAUGGACCCUAAGGUGGACGUUCGGUGAGACAGUAAAGAUGGCUACAGUUGGCUGAACAGCACUCACUCCGGGGCCUUUCAGCCUAAAUUUCCAUCAGCCAAUCUCACAAACGGGUUUUGUUUUUCUGAAUGGUUUGAAAGAAAGGAAAAACUGUAACAGUGUGAAGCACAUUAAAACAAAGUCAACUUUC